UUAACGUUAGUUACGAUGAGUGGAAGGGGCAAAGGCGGCAAAGGACUCGGAAAGGGAGGCGCUAAGCGGCACCGUAAAGUUCUUCGUGAUAACAUCCAGGGAAUCACCAAACCCGCCAUCCGCCGUCUGGCUCGCCGCGGCGGCGUCAAGCGGAUUUCUGGUCUUAUCUACGAGGAGACUCGCGGUGUGUUGAAGGUGUUCCUGGAGAACGUGAUCCGUGAUGCCGUCACCUACACUGAACACGCCAAGAGGAAGACUGUGACCCGUGUUGGC